AUGGCGGCUAUCGGUGACGGAUGGGGUGCACCCUAUGACGAUGUAAGCUCGAUCCAUCGCAUACGUGGCCUAGCUUUUCCUUUUUUUUAGCAAACCUAUGUGAACGCCUACGAUCAGCUGGAAUUGGCGAUUCUGGAGCCGUUGGAUCGGGAGCUGAAGCAGGCGGACAUUGAAGUGUUCCGCCCGAAAUUCAAGUUUCAUCUGAAUCCGAAAAACAGAAAGAAUAAAAAGACGGACGAUGAGGAGUACCUCGACGCCAUUUACAACCUGCCGUCGACGGACGAAUCGGAUUCGGAUCACGAGCAGAAGAAGAUCUACUUCCAGCCGCCGCUCCAAGUCCAGAGAAACUCGUUCGUCAAGAACACGCUGAUGAAGUUCAAGCGCGAAACGCAGGACAUUCGGCGAUUGGCGGUGAUGGGCUGCGGGGAAAUGUCGCUCGAGCGCGGAAUGUGCGAGUAUCUCGGCGCGCUCGGCACGAUCAACGUUAUCUCCGUGGACAUUGACGAGACUUCGCUGUCCGUCGGACAACAGCUUCUUCAGUGAGCAGUUUCCGCUUUCUUCGGCUAAAGGCGAUUUUCUUCCAGAAAACACAUAACCCGCCAAAGCGAGAUCCUCGCCACCGAGACGGGUCUUCCGGUGCUGUUCCGUUCGUACGUCGGCGACAUCCUCGUGCCGGAUCAUCGUUUCGCCGACACUGACGCCAUUGUUUCGAUGGAAGUGUGAGGAUUUAAAAAAAAUAGUCAUUAUUUUCUCAAAUUAUUUAUAGAGUUGAGCACAUUCCGCUGGACGAUGCGAGAAAGUUCGUGGCAAAUGUGCUCGGAGUGCUCAUGCCACGUAUUUUCAUUUUCUCGACACCCAAUCACGAGUACAAUGCGGUAAGCGAGCAAGGUGCUUCAGAGUCUAUCCAAUUUUCCAGGUGUUCGGCAUGAAACCGGGCGAGUUCCGCCAUGACGACCACAAAUUCGAAAUGAGCAGUCAGGAGUUUGCAGCGUGGCUCGAGGAGCUCUCCGCUCGCUUCCCGCACUACCAAAUCGACGCUCCGCACUACAUCGGAAUGACUCGCGGACACGAAUCGCUGAACGGAGCAUCGCAAGCAGCGGUCUGUCGCCUCAUCGACAAUCUGAACAGCCAACUGCCGCAGGAUACGUUGCCAUACGAAGUGGUGAGAAAAGCUCGGACUUCUGAUGCAUAUUGAUGAGAUGCUCAUGCUUCAGGUGGGACAGAUUCCAUGCCGUCUGGGCAGCCGACUCGUCGCCUAUAACCUCGUCAGACAGGCCUUCUUGGAAUGGAUCACAAAGAUCGAAUUCCACGAGGCGGAGCUUAAAAAGGUGAGGAAAAGCUGAAGAUCGUUAAGAAUUGUAAGGAAAUGCUUCCAGGAGGGCAUACUUGUGUACUACCUUUACGAUGUCCGACACGUCCUUCAUCACCUGCACGCGCCCAUCAGUUUCGCGUCGACGAUUGACGAAAAAGUGGCGAUGUGAGUGGAAUUUCCCGUUGAACUCACUAGAUACCCCGAGUCGUUGCAGCAAUUACAUCAUGGGAAUGACCUCGCACAAAGUGGACGGAGAAUUCACGCACGGCUUCAACGGAAUCGCCAUUCAGAAGCACUUCACAAAGGAGGAAAUCAUCCAGGCGGUCCGGAAAAAUGAACUCAAAUGA